AUGAUGGAAGUAGAAUCAGAAACUCAAGAACUGCAUAUUCACGUCAAUGGCGAACCUGAAAGGAAACUCUCAACAGAACAGAGAAGUCACAACUACUCAUGGAGGUUAAGAGUGUCUCUCUACGUUAUUCUUGUCUUAUCUGGAGAGACAAUAGCCACUCUCUUAGGUAGACUUUACUACGACAAAGGUGGAAACAGUAUAUGGCUUGAGACCUUAGUUCAGCUAGUUGGGUUUCCUUUAACCCUUCCUUGCUAUUAUUACCUAAAGCAUGAACCAUCUUCCAAGACUAAUAAUAGCUUAACCAAGAAAACAACUUCUUCUUUCUUGAAACUUUCUUUAGUCUACAUUGGACUUGGCUUGCUUGCUGCUGGUCACAGUGUUCUGUAUUCCUUUGGAUUACUCUACCUUCCUGUCUCAACCUUCUCUUUGAUCUCUGCGUCUCAGUUAGCUUUUAAUGCUGUCUUCUCUUACUUCCUUAACUCACAGAAGUUCACACCUUGUAUACUUAACUCACUUGUUCUCUUGACCACAUCUUCUACACUUCUUGUCAUCCAGCCUGAGUCUCAAUCUUAUUCUGCUUCAAACUCAUUAUCCAAAUACAAUUAUGUGAUUGGAUACAUCUGUGCCAUCGGUAGCGCAGCUAGAUAUUCUCUGGUGCUUUCUUUAACAGAUUAUGCGUUUGAAAAGAUUCUAAAGAAGUACACAUUCAAGGCUAUUUUGGACAUGGUUACAUAUCAGUCUUUGGUAGCUACUUGUGCAGUUGUGGCUGGACUCUUUGUAAGUGGUGGGUGGAAAAUGUUGAGGACAGAAAUGGAAGAGUUUAAACUUGGGAAGAACUCUUAUCUUUUAAUUGGUAGUGUGGGUUUGAUUCUUGAAGUUUCGUCGCUCUUCUCAAACGUGAUAAGCACUCUAUGUUUACCUGUUGUUCCUGUUCUUGCUGUUGUGUUCUUCCGAGAUGAGAUGAGUGGGAUCAAGUUGAUUGCAAUGUUUUUGGCCAUAUGGGGGCAUUAUAUUGAUGAUCCAAAACCAGAGGAAGAGGAAGAAGAAAAAGAAACACAAGAAGAAGACAGUAAAAACAUUCAGGAUUAG